GGUGGUUUUGGGUUUGGUUUUUUUUUUUUCUCUCCUUUCCCUCCUCAGAUCUUAAAGUUUUGUUCUGGCUGUACUCCUUCAUCUUCAUGGUCAUCUUUCUUUUGUCUCAGGUUAGGAAUGGUAGGAAUUCCAACAAGGCGUAGCUCUGAUGUGCCCUUUUUUCCUGUUGCUCUCUGCAGUGCUUUGACCUCCUUUGCCACAAAAGCCCUUCAGCUGUGGUUGGGAGAGUGGCAAGCCUGGGUUCCUACCCGGGCUAAGUCAGUGUGAAGAAGGAAGUUCCGGCUUCAUUUUUCCCCUGCUCAGGGAGUGGUGGGCAAGGAGGAGCUGAGAGAAUGAGGGAGAAGAAAGAUCACAAGAGAGAGUGUUCCUUCUUACAUAGCUGCUUGAAGAUGUCUGGCUCACAUUGCUUCAAGAUGUCUGGAUACUUUUUGUUUAAUUGUUGAAGCUUUCCUACCAUUUGUAGGUGGGAAAGCCUGAAGCCUUAAUCUUGAGGGAUCAGAAUUGGCUGCUAUGGAAUCAAGACCAACUAAAACAUGAGAAGAUGUAUUCAAGAUGAUCCAGCCAGAAGAUUUUUCACUUCAUAGAAAUCUUGUUUUUGUUUAAUAUGUAAUAUAAUUUGACAAAGCCGAGUUCAAUUACUUGUCUUGAAGUUAAGACACACCUGUGGCCUUCAUCAGACAUGUUUCUAACAUUUUCAAGAAAAAAUAUGUCCCAGAAACUGAGUAUGUUUUUACUAGUUUUUGGAAUCAUUUGGGGUUUGAUGUUGCUACGCUACACUUUCCAGUAUCCAAGACGCCAAAGCAGUGCUGAGUUGCGUGGACAGAUACUAGAUCUAAGUAAAAGAUAUGUCAAAGCACUGGCAGAAGAAAAUAAAAACUUAAUGAAUGGUGGCGGUGGAGCCUCUAUGGCAGGAUAUGCUGAUCUUAAGAGAACAAUUGCUGUUCUUCUGGAUGACAUCUUACAACGCCUUGUGAAAUUGGAAAACAAAGUUGAUUACAUCGUUGUGAAUGGCUCAGCAACAAAUACCACGAAUGGAACUAGCAAUCAGGUGCCAGUAACUUCAAAUAAACGUGUAAAACCGGCAAGCAACAUUAGAUAGCAAACAGGGCCACUUUGUGUUGCUACAUAUAUGAUAGGUAAUAUUUAAGAUAAGCUUUUUAUCUCUGGCUAGGGCAAAGCAGUAGUUGACUCCUAAAAGAAGCGUGAACUAUUCUAUUAUACAAUGUGCUGGAUCUAUGUAGGCCUAACUUAUGUGCAUAGGUUCUCAAAACAUUAUUUCAUUGCCUUUGAGCAGUACUUCUGAAGUGAUCUUUGUUGUCUUUAAAGUUAUUUUGUUAUCAUGAUUUGAUGUAGUAUGCCAUUGGAUAAUAACAACAAAUGGAAAGCAAUGCGGAACUUAUAGGUAGGUUUCUAAAUAUAUUUAUUUAACUAUAAAUAUAACAUAUCUUUUGGAUAGGUGAGCAGCAUUGUAGCUUAUUCAUAUUUUGUGGUCUGCGUUAAGCCAAGGUAACUGAGGAAAACGCAUUGUUAAACAGAUGUUAGAAAAUGUGUAUACUUACAAUAUUUUGUUACUCAUUUACUAAAACAAUGUUAAAUUGAGGAUAGCAUUGGCGGUAAUAUUUUAAAAUUGUGACCCAAAGAAUGUCUUUAUUUGCACUAUCUGUCAGAAUAGCUAGGGAGAAUUUACUGUAUAUUUAAGAAAAUUAAUUAUAAUAGGAAAACAUCCUAGGUAGCAACACUGUCCAGGUAUAUCUUUAUGCCGGAGUUAGGGCAGUUAGAUUAUCAAAAGCAAAUCAUAAUCUGUGAUAUCUUAGAUGAUUAUUUCUUACAAAGAUAUUUAAGUGUAUGUAUUUUGUAAUUGCAGAUGAAAUUAUUUAAGUGAUGGAAUUAAGUUUGGGAUAUGUGAAUACUGUUUAUUUUUAUUCAUUGCUGUUUCUUUUUAACUUUUUAGUAUGUUGCAAUCUGUGAUGAGUAUAGCACACUAUCUCCCUGAAUUGCUUUUUUGAUCAGGAGGAAAAGCAAUGAAGGGGAAACAAGGCAUCUCUGCAUUUAACAGAGAUACAUGUACUAAGGGUGUCUUAUCAUGGAAUAUUUGAGAGCUAAGGUAGUGUUUGCCUUAUGUCUAAGUUAGCCUUACAGCAAAGUGAAUUGCAGUGUGGAUGCACUGUAUUUCAAAAUGUUACUGAAGUCAUAUUAAAUAGAAAGUGCCACUGAGCCUGUUUUUUAAAACGUACUGAAUGUUUGCGGGAGGGGGGUGGGGUGGUAUGUUCAGGGACUAUUGCCAAGAGUGUGCUGUGAGUGGGUUUUUGAGGGGGGUGGGGGUGGUCUAAUCCAAUAGUAAGGAAAAAAAAAAAAAACCACACCAGUAAAACCGGAGGUGCUGGAUGAUAUACCAUCCAAAGUUAUGUGUUUUUUCUUUUCUUCUAUUUCCCUGCUGACAUUCUGGGGUGUUACAAAGGAAAAAUACACUUACAACCUUAGUCGGUAUCCAGAUGAUUUUUUUUUUUUUCUGUCACAUUAUGUGUAAACAUGUACUCACUUCAAUGCAGAAAGAGAAAAAUAAAUUUUCAGCUGUACUUGUAAA